UACAUUCUUUGUGACUUGUGUGACAUGUGAAGUGAAGUUGACAGUGACAGAUAAAUUCGACCAAGAAAAUCUAAAUGUCUUUAAAUUACAUUAAUAAACGUAAAUAACGCGUUAAAGCGUAUUUCGUCGGUGUAUUCGCGUUGAUUGUAUUCGCUUUUUAAUAUUUUUUUAAAAAUAAUUGCUCCUGAACGCGCGACGACCCCCCGUACAUUUUACUGUUCUUUGUGUUGAAAGCAAUGAUUGGACUUUGGCGCAUGCCUAGUGGACUUGUCACAUACGGCAGGGCAGGCUGAAUCGUCGAUCUCUACAGUACCGUAACACAGUAUUGUUUUUUUCUAGUUUUUUUUUUCGCAUUCAGCAAUGGUGCAUGUAGCGUAUUUAUUAGGAAAAGUGCUCGGUUCGGCGUUAUAGUGGCGUGAAAUCGACGCAGUGCCCCCGAAACGAAGACUCUAGUAUUAUGGAAAACUCUUCACAAUCGUCUACUAACCCCAUUUCCCAGGGGUGUGGCACGAAUACACAAAUAAACGUUCACGUGAGCCCCACGACGGGGGGCGAUUUCUUCCUCAGCGUAGACUCCGAUAUAUCCGUUGAAAAUCUGAAAAAACUGAUAUCGAAAAGACUAAAAGUGCCCAGAGAUCGAAUAUGUUUACUCUUUAGAGAUAAGCAAUUGCAAGACGGCAAUUUACUGCAGCACGGCAUAUCGGAUGGAUCUAGAAUAACUUUAUUACCGAACGUCGAAACGGGGCUCAUUACACAACGUCCAGAAAUCGGAAUAAUGCAGGCCCUGGAGUCUUUAAACGAUACACAAGUAAAUGAAUUCCUCUGCGGGAAGGCACCGCUCAAUUUAAGCAUGCGUUUAGGUGAUCACAUGAUGCUCAUCCAAUUGCAACUUAGCUCAGUUUCCGGCGUGAAACCCGUCAAUUCGACGACGAACGGGGGGGCCCCUUGCGGGGCGCCGCCGCCGCCACAACAGCACUCGACCAGCCCCCCCAGUUUGCUGCAAGCCUCUCGUAAUCUGCAGCAUACCCUUCGAAGACUGUCCGCCGACGUUUUCUCCGGAAAGGACAGAGGUCGCAGAGAAAGCGUGUAUUCGGGCACGUUCAGCGGCGCCCUGAACCCGGCCCUGCAGGACCCGAAGGGGCGGCCGCGUCGCGACGUCGCCACCAUCGUGCACAUCCUCAACGAUCUGCUGUGCUCGGUGCCGGAGCUGCGGCGGGUGGCGUGCAAAGGGGCGGAGGAGCAGGCGGGGCGCGCGGCCGAAGGGCCGCAGGACGAGCCGAUGAUGGUGUCGGGAUCGUGCAACGAGGACCAGAACCUGAGGACGCGCGGCAAGCUGGAGCACCUGCGCCUGGUGAUGGGCGAGAGAAGGGAGCGCCGGAGGCAGCGCAAACAGAAACCGUAUUCUCUACCUCAAAGUGACUCUGAUACUGUCACCGCAUGAGAUGUGACUUGUGUGUACAUAUAGGUUAUUGAUUUAUUUUUUAUUUUUUUUAUUCUGACAAAGUUUAGCAGUCUGAUUAUUCGUUUCCUGUUUGAUGGAGAUGUUUUUUUUUGUUUUAUUUGACUGAAAUUGUAACCUUGAAUGUUAUAAACGAUGGCUUAUUGGAGUGUGUGAAGUUGGAAACUUAAUUUUAGCACCGAUUGGAGUUCUGAUCCAGAGCUCUGAUCAGAACUAAAGUUGGGUUUCCAGCUUCACUCACUCGCGUUAUUUACAGUAAGGCGAGUCUCCUAUGAUUUUGUACUUUGUAUAAACUGAUGCUUUGAGAAGGGAAAGGAAGCAGAACUCCUUUGCCCGUAUGAUUUUUUUGUAAUUCACCACCGAAUAUCAUAAAUUGUGUUUGUUUUUCCAACGAGUGUGGUUGUUUUAGGCAUAUAGAACAUGAUGUAUGAGAGCGGUUUUUUUUUUUCAUUUUAGGCAUUUUAGUGAAAUUGCACGUACAUUUACGUAGGGAGAUUCGCAAAAGGUUCACAAUUUGAAUGUUUUUUUUAAUAAUCUGUAGGGCAAGGCAAAUGGUUUUUCCAAUUUAAACGACUAUACCUGCACAAAUAUACGAAGGGUAAUAUGAAAUAUUCUAAACUAGCAACAUUAUGCCUUCACCUACAUAACACUAAUGAAUACCAAACUCGAUUUCAUAGUUGAAUAAUAAUGUAAAAACUUCACACUCCUAAAUAACGUCUUCGUUGUAGUUGUACGUGCAUUCGUAAUUAUUUUUUUUAUUUGUAUAAGUAGAUUAUAUUACGUGUAUAAAUUAGUUAUCCGUUUAAGUUCUUCCUAUCUGAAACGUUUAGGUGUUUUCGAUUGCGAUUUUUUUACGAAAACGGGAAUAUAUCGUGAACAAUACGAGAGAAUAAACUAGCGCAAAUUAAUGAUUUACUCGUUCGAAUUAAAAAAAAAAGUGUAAAAUUUCGUGCCGAUAGAGAAAAAAAUGUUUUGCAAGCGAAAGGAGCUCUCUGAAUGCUGCGUUUUUGUUUAAUCGUUUCUACAUAUUAUGUCUUUAAACCAUCUCAAUUCUAUUAAUUUUUAACCUAAGAAAGAAGACUUAAUAUUGUAAUCAAUUCCAGUUAAUUAACGAUUUAUUUCCAAAAAAUUAAAACGCUUCGUGGGCAAAAUGAAUUGAGCGCUUCUUUCGUUUUAUCGAAACUUAGUUGGAUGUUACAUCGUUUUUUUUUCUAUUUUACCUAGAUGUUAAGAGUUUUUUCUUUAUAAUUACAUUGAUGUGAUCAUUUGUUGUGAUCUAAUUUUGAAAUAUUGUUUUUUGUUUCCUUAUUUAGUAUAUAACGAAAAUAAUCAAUUAUGUUAAUAAAGUAUUUUUAAAAGCGAA